UUCUCCACACAUUCCUUCUUCAUCUAUAUGCAACUCUCUGCAUAUCUCUCUCUCUCUCUCUCUCUCGGGUGUGCUCUGAAGUCAUCAAUGGCAACUCUAACAAGUUCAUUAAACACGCCCCAAAAGGCAAAAUUAUCCACCCCUGCCAGGCCUCUGCAACCCAAUUCGACGUUCAAGGUCAGGGUCGCCGUGAGGGUUCGUCCCUUCCUCCCCCACGAAAUUGAAUCCCAAAACGGAAGCCCCGUCUCUUGCGUCUCUGUUCUUGAUCAAGAAUUUGAGUCCGGUGAAGAAAUCGCUGUUUAUCUCAAAGAUCAAUUCACGAGCCGAAACGAGUGCUAUAAGCUGGACUCAUUCUUCGGUCAAGACGACAACAAUUUGGCUCAGAUUUUCUACAGAGAAGUUUGCCCUUUGGUUCCUGGCAUCUUUUAUGGUUGCAACGCCACCGUUUUCGCCUACGGUGCGACAGGCACUGGGAAAACUUACACAAUGCAGGGGACUGAUGAAUUUCCGGGUUUAAUACCUCUAACAAUGGCAACGGUUCUAUCCAUGUGCCAAAGCACGGGAAGCACUGCAGAGGUUUCCUACUACCAAGUCUAUAUGGAGAGGUGUAUUGAUCUUUUGGAGCGCAAAGAGAAAGAAAUUGCAGUGAUGGAUGAUAAGGAUGGGCAGGUGCAUCUCAGAGGGCUCUCUCGGGUUGCUGUAAGCUCAAUGUCUGAAUUUCACGAGGUUUUUUCUCGUGGGAUUCAGCGGCGGACAGUUGCACAGACAGGCCUUAAUGAUGUUUCCAGUAGGAGCCAUGGUGUGCUUGUGAUUUCUGUUUCCACGCCUUGCGGUGAUGGUGCUGGGGCAGCUGUUGUUGGGAAACUGAACCUCAUAGAUUUAGCAGGUAAUGAAGAUAACGGAAAGACCCAUAAUGAAGGGAUUCGUCUCCAAGAGAGUGCUAAGAUCAAUCAAUCUUUAUUUGCUUUAUCAAAUGUGAUUUACGCACUGAACAACAACAAACCUCGUGUGCCAUACCGAGAAAGCAAACUCACCCGGAUUCUGCAGGACUCUCUUGGCGGGACUAGCCGAGCCUUGAUGGUUGCUUGUCUGAACCCAGGAGAAUACCAGGAAUCUGUUCAUACCAUCAGCUUGGCUGCUAGAUCGCGACAUAUUUCUAAUUUUGUUUCUUCAGCUCAGAAGCAGGAGACUCCGAAAGUUAAAGUUGACAUGGAGGCAAAGCUGCGUGCUUGGCUUGAAUCUAAAGGCAAGACAAAGAGUGCACAAAGAAUCGGUGCAUUUGGGUCUCCAUUUUUAACCAGAACUCCCAGCUCUGUGAGCUCGGUAAAGAAGACGAGCAUGCUUCGCAGCAAUGCUAAAGCAAAGGAGAUUGUACAUCAAGUUGCAUCUACUGCAAGGGAUAGGCCUCUUUGUGUGCCAUUCAGAAAUUUGUUUAGCAGUAUAGGUCGAGAUGAUUCUCACAUGGAGAUUAAUUGUCAUAAAGAUAUGGAAGAUUCAAGAGAGUCUGGUACUAGGAAUGGUAAUUGUAUAACAGCGGCAGAAGAUGGAGAUCUUAGAAAUAAUUCAACGAUGUUACCUGAAGAUUAUUUCAAUAACUCAUCUAAUUGUCUUGGCUCUGCUGCUGAGGAUAAUACUAGGGAAGAGAUUCUGGCAGCAGCCAACGGGGUUGUGUUAGAAUUAAGAACAACUUCACCUGAUGAUGAGCAAGUGGAAAAGGACAUGAUGACGAAGUCUGCAAACUCGGUCAGAUCAUCACCCACUAGUGAGGGGAGGAUCAAAGUACUACAAAGUUCUCUAAGAAAAGUCCUCUCCCCAAUUGAUGCCAAUGUGAGCAGAAGAAAACCCUUUGAGGAGGAUAUAUUGUGCAGGGACGAAAUAGCUUCUUUUGAACCCACGACUCCCCAAACGCCUUCAAUUGCAAAUUCUGAAAACAACAGAAAGUUUCAAUCCAUAUCCUCACUGGAUAAAUUUAAUGCAAGAAGUUCUAAUUUGAAGGGCUCCCUCCUUAAAGAAUAUAUUGAUUUCUUGAAUUCUGCCAGCAAAGAGGAACUAGUGGAAAUUAAGGGGAUUGGUUUGAAAAGGGCAGAGUACAUAAUUGAGUUGAGAGAAGAAAGCCCACUAAAAUCGCUUAGCGAUUUGGAGAAGAUGGGCCUUUCAUCCAAGCAGGUUCAUAACUUGUUUGGUAGAGCAGCAAGAGGAAUCUUUGGUUAAGCAGAGGAUGCGCCACCCUUUGCUGAGGACUUGCACGCAAAUUGGCUUGUUUGCAUAUUAUUCAUCCUCAAUUGCGAUCUGCUUGCUGUUAACAUUGCCUUUUCAGGAUUGUCCCUCAGAUAGCUUAGGUUAAUUUUCUUUGUCAUGGAUGAACUGGUUUUAUUGUUAGAAAAUACUUUUUAAAGAUUUCCCUUUUCUUUGGGUGUAUCAUCAUUGUUUCCUUUCAGUUCUUCCAAAGCUCAUUAGACUAAUCGAUCACAAUCAUAGUUCAAC